AUGGCCCCAGAUAUGGCAAAUAGUGAUACCAGCUCUGCUACAGUAAGAGUUUUGGUCUCGUAUUAUCUUGCGGCCACCGACGAUACUUCUAGUUCAAGCGCCAGAACCUCGGCGAUCCACAAAGAGAAAUUAAAUGUUCCGCUAAGCGGCGACGAACACAAAGACCUGUUCAACUUUGUGAAGCACUCAAAAACCUUCACUGGGUUAGCAGAAAUCGCUGAGACAGAAGAAGAGUUCACCAAGGAAGAACAAACAGGUUUAGCAAAGCAUAAUAUGUUCCGAAAAGUACACCAAGUUCCUUUAAUGACACUGGACAGAAAAAUGUGUGAUGAGGCUGGAGCAUUCGCCCAUAAGCUCGCUGAGAAGGGGACUCUCGCGCAUUCUUCACAACAGGAACGACUUGGACAAGGCGAAAACCUUUCCAGGGGAUGUUCUACCAACAAGGCACAAGCCAUGGAAGAAGCCGUGACAAACUGGUACAACGAGGUGUGUGAUCCAGGAUACAACUUCACAAGUGCCACAAGUGACAAAGGAAGUAGCAUAUCCGGGACAGGCCAUUUUACACAAGUGGUGUGGAAAGAAAGCACGGUUCUUGGCAUUGGACGCGCGGAAGUAGAACAAGUUUGUGCAAGGCCUCUUGGUUUGGAGGACAAUAACAAUCGGGCUAUCACGAUCAGAUCACCCGCAUCCUUAACAGACGCUGCUUAUCCACCGAAUGCUGCAAGACUUAAUGGUCCCUCCGCUUGGUGUCCAUCAAAAACACAAGCUUACUUAGAAAUUGAUCUCGAUAAAACUUACAAGCUCACAGCUAUUGCUACACAGGGAGGAACAGUCCCUAACAAAUGGGUUCAAAGAUACAGACUCAGCUUCAAAGCUGGACACACAAUUGUAGAUUACAGCCGAGCUCAUUUUCAAAUGAGGGCUAAGUUUUGUACCAGGACUAGUUUUGAAGCCAAAGCACAAGAGUCACGAACAAAUGGAGGUAGCCCAGGAGCGGCAGAAAAUGCUACUAAUGUGCUCCCAACAGGAAUAUUUUCUCAGCAAGAGAUAAAUGGCCUGAGGGAGCAUAAUCGUCUCCGUGCCAUACACGAUGCGCCGCCAAUGACGCUGGAUCGUGAGAUGUGUAAUUCCGCUGCCCAGUGGGCCAAAUAUAUCGCAGAACUGGGUGACCUAGUACAUUCAACUCAAGAUCAGAUACCAAAUCGAGGUGAGAACCUGUCGAUGGGCUGCUCUACCGACAAACCUCAAACAGUGAAAGAGGCUGUGACAAGCUGGUAUAACGAGGUUUGCGAUCCCGGGUAUGAAGGACUGGGAGAGAUUGAGGAUGGACCAAACGGGGCUGGACACUUCUCACAAGUUGUUUGGAAAGAGAGCGUCGUACUCGGUAUUGGCAGAGCAGAAAUAGAACAAGACGGAAUGAAGUGCGCAUACAUUGUUGGUCGAUACAAACCCGCUGGCAAUUUUGGAGGCUCGUACAGAGUGAAUGUAUUGAAAGGAUCGUUUAACCGAGAUGUUUACUGUCCCACUGCAGUAAAGAAGAUGAAUGCGGAACGUCUCAUUGUGCAAAAGAAAGCAAGAUAA